GCUAGCACAUGCCCGAGCCGCAGCCCUGCGAGCAAGCAGCGCUGGCCCCCCGCCCCGCGGCUCCGGGCCCUGGCUCUGGCGCGGUCCCUCCUCCCGGGCCGGGCGCCGCGGCCCCGGCAUGAGGAGCGGGCGAUGAUCCCCGCCAACGCCUCCGCCAGGAAGGGGCCCGAGGGCAAGUACCCGCUGCACUACCUCGUGUGGCACAACCGCCACCGCGAGCUGGAGAAAAAGGUCCGCGCCGGCCAGGUGGACAUCGAGCAGCUGGAUCCCCGUGGGCGGACUCCCCUGCACUUGGCCACCACCCUGGGGCACCUCGAGUGUGCCCGCGUGCUCCUGGCACACGGCGCAGAUGUGGGCAGGGAGAAUCGCAGCGGCUGGACAGUGCUUCAGGAAGCUGUGAGUACCCGGGACCUGGAGCUGGUGCAGCUGGUGCUGCGGUACCGGGACUACCAGCGGGUGGUGAAGCGGCUGGCAGGCAUCCCUGUGCUCCUGGAGAAGCUGCGCAAGGCCCAGGACUUCUACGUGGAGAUGAAAUGGGAGUUCACUAGCUGGGUGCCCCUGGUGUCCAAGAUCUGCCCCAGUGACACCUACAAAGUGUGGAAGAGUGGGCAGAACCUUCGGGUAGACACCACACUUCUGGGCUUUGACCACAUGACGUGGCAGCGAGGGAACCGCAGCUUUGUCUUCAGGGGCCAAGACACGAGCGCCGUGGUCAUGGAGAUUGACCACGACCGCCGGGUGGUGUACACAGAGACCCUGGCUCUGGCUGGGCAGGACCGUGAGCUACUGCUGGCUGCUGCCCAGCCCACCGAGGAGCAGGUGCUGAGCCGGCUCACCGCACCCGUCGUCACCACGCAGCUCGACACCAAGAACAUCUCCUUUGAGAGGAACAAGACCGGCAUCCUGGGCUGGCGCAGCGAGAAGACCGAGAUGGUGAAUGGGUAUGAAGCCAAGGUAUAUGGGGCAUCCAAUGUGGAGCUCAUCACCCGGACACGGACAGAGCAUCUUUCAGAACAGCACAAGGGCAAGGUCAAAGGCUGUAAGACACCUCUGCAGUCCUUCCUGGGAAUUGCUGAGCAGCAUGGGGGCCCCCAAAAUGGGACCCUGAUCACUCAGACUCUGAGCCAAGCCAACCCCACUGCCAUCACCGCAGAAGAGUACUUCAAUCCCAACUUUGAGCUUGGCAACCGUGACAUGGGCCGACCCAUGGAACUGACCACCAAGACACAGAAGUUCAAGGCCAAGCUGUGGCUGUGUGAGGAGCAUCCCCUGUCCCUGUGUGAGCAGGUGGCCCCCAUCAUUGACCUCAUGGCCGUCAGCAAUGCACUUUUUGCCAAGCUCCGGGAUUUCAUUACCCUGCGCCUGCCUCCAGGAUUCCCUGUCAAGAUUGAAAUCCCGAUUUUCCACAUCCUCAACGCCCGUAUCACCUUCGGGAACCUCAAUGGCUGCGAUGAGCCGGUGCCGUUGGUGCGAGGCAGCCCCAGCAGCGAGACCCCUUCCCCGGGCAGUGACUCCUCCAGUGUCAGCAGCUCCAGCUCCACGACCUCGUGCCGCGGCUGCGAGAUCUCCCCCGCGUUGUUCGAGGCCCCACGCGGCUACAGUGUGCUGGGCGGCCAGCGAGAGGCCGCCACCCGCGACGACGAUGACGACCUGCUGCAGUUCGCCAUCCAGCAGAGCCUGCUUGAGGCGGGCAGUGAGUAUGACCAGGUCACCAUCUGGGAGGCGCUAACCAACAGCAAACCGGGCACUCACCCCAUGUCCUACGAGGGUCGCCGACAGGACAGGAGCGCUCCGCCCACGCCGCAGCGCCAGUCCACAACCCCUGCGGGCCUGGCGUCGGUCCCCAGCCCUCGGCCGAGCCCGCGCCCAGGCCAAGGCGGCCACGUGUUCCGGAGCUACGAUGAGCAGCUGCGGCUGGCAAUGGAGCUGUCUGCGCAGGAGCAGGAGGAGCGGCGGCGGCGCGCGCGCCAGGAGGAGGAGGAGCUGGAGCGCAUCCUGCGGCUUUCUUUGACUGAGCAGUAGCGCCCACUGCCGGGCCCCUUGGCCACGCCCCGCGGGACCCGCCCCGGAGCGAGAGUCGCCCCUCCUGCGCGCUCUCCGAGCUGAGUCCGGAGACCCGAACCGCCGCCUCGGGGGCGUAGCGGCGCACCCGGCACCAGAUGGGGAGGGGUUCGGCCGGCCGUGGGGUACCUUCCUGGAGGCAGCUGGCACGGCUCCCCUGCUUUGCUGUAUCCUGACCCCACCCCACUCCCCUGGGCUCGGACCGAUCCAAGGGCGGAGACAGGCCGUUUGAGAGGGAGACGGUCCUUAGAGGAGCACUGUCUCCAUCCCUUGCUCCUUCUGGCCGGUCCUCCUUUCUGCUCACUGACCCCACUCCAGGACACUGCCCGUGAAGCCUUUGCAUCUCCGCUCUUCACCCCUGGGGGGCAGCUGAGCUCCCCACGUGCUGUGUGGCUGCUUCGUCCUAGACACAAACCAGCACGUCAAGGGCCCAGCUCCUCCCCCACCCCGGCAUUUCAGCGUCAAGUGCACUUAGCGGGGUGCCCGGCUCCCCCAGCCCCCACACCCCUCCCGGGUCUCAGGGUGGUCCCAGCUUCUCUUUGGGUGACCAGAGGUUGGAGUCCCCAUCCCCAAGGCACGUUUUUGUGAUCAGGGAGGGUGCCCAAGGUGGUCCCAGGUCUGGGCAAGGCCUGGCUCCCUCGUGGUGUCUUGGCGAAUGGGGAGGCAUAGUGGGCGUGGGGCAAACACCAGACUGGACACAGGGGUCGCCCAGGGCCCUGGCACCACCAUCCAUCCCUUCCCACCAGCUGCUGCUAGCCCUCUGUGGUUGUGCAUCCUACUUUCCCUCCACCCAGGGGCUGACUCCGAAACCCUUCAUCCAAUGGUGCUAACCCCCGGCUCUCCCCUGCCCCACCCCACCACCCAGAGAAGCACAGACCCCGCCAGGGGCAGGGGCCCACUGCACACCCUUGUCUGGGUUCUCUCGGACUGGCCUUCCUGGCUCAGCCAGUGAGGCUUGGAAGGGACACGAAAGCGAUGGAAGAAAACAACAAAGGGAAGCUGUUCCUCUCACCCUCUUCCCUGAUGCCAGGGGCACCAGACUGAUUCUGAGGCACAAAUAAAAGAGGCUUCAAACCCGA